CAUGGCAACGUGUUGACACCGGCGGGCGUUUGCGCGGGUUUUGCCGGUUGUCCGUUGGUCGAGCAGUUGGCAGUUGAUUGAUCAUCGUCGUCGUCGAAGGAGGUCCGCUUGUUAAUUCUCCGUUUCUCUAACUUCUUCAUCUUCCAAAAUGUCAGGCCGUGGCAAAGGAGGCAAGACCAAGACCAAGGCGAAGUCUCGCUCCAACAGGGCAGGACUGCAGUUCCCCGUUGGUCGUAUCCACAGGCUGUUGAGGAAGGGCAACUAUGCUGAGCGUGUCGGUGCUGGUGCUCCAGUCUACUUGGCGGCUGUGAUGGAAUACCUUGCUGCUGAAGUUCUGGAAUUGGCUGGUAAUGCAGCUCGUGAUAACAAGAAGUCUAGGAUCAUCCCCAGGCAUCUCCAGUUGGCUAUUAGGAAUGACGAGGAACUGAACAAGUUGCUGUCCGGCGUUACUAUUGCCCAAGGUGGUGUGCUACCCAAUAUUCAAGCUGUUCUGCUACCUAAGAAGACUGGUGAUGCCAGCAAGAGUGGCAAGUCCUCCAAAUCUCAGUCCCAGGAGUAUUAAUAUGUUGAUAACUAUCACAUUUUGUUUUAUUAUGGAAGUGGGUGCCUAGGAGCCAGGCUAAUAUUGACGCUUUUAUGUAACUGAUGUUGGUUCAGGUUUACCCAAAUUCCAGUCUUAUAUUCAUCACACUGUCAUGUCAUGCGUUACUUUCUGAACUUCAAUAAACGUUUCACCCUUAA